AUGGGACGAAUAAAGGACAAGGAGAAAACCUUAAAAUUGGUGAAAGACAAUGGAGAGUCUUCAAACACGCUCGGGGACUACACGGGUGUGGGGACUGUGACCUUCUAUCUUAACAAAAAACUAAAAAUAAAGGAAAAGUAUUAUGGAAAUAUCUUCCAUGGAAAAAAACACGGAUAUGGUGAGUAUAAAUACCAGAAUGGAGAUUUUUACCAAGGGCUGUAUGAGCAUGGCAAGAAGAAUGGGAUCGGUACUUAUUUUUACAACAUGGAAGACAAGCAGGGGAAAGACAAAGGGAGAGGAGCGAGGGGGGCAAAGGAUGAGAGUAGUGAGGAGGAGGAAAAAAGCGAUGAUGACAAAGGGAAGAACGAGAACAGCGAUGAGGAAAGGGGCAUCGAUGAAGAGGGCGAUGAGGAAAAUAAGGAAAGUGGCAAAGAUGGGGAUAGCGAGAAGGACACGAGCGAGGAGGAAGGUGAAAAUGAUCAAAGCGGAAGCAACCAAAGCGGUGACGACGAAAGUGGUAACGAAGAAGGUGAUGAAGACGAAGGUGAUGAAGACGAAGGUGGUGAAGACGAAGGUGGUGAUGAACAAAGCGGUGACGAACAGAGCGAUCAGAAUGAACAAGACAAGGGGAAGGGCGCCAAUAAUGAUGGCUAUCAAAAUAACAAAAAGGGGCAUAAAGCAGCUGAUAAUGAAAAAGAUGCCUCCAAAAGGUUGCUAAAUCUUAUGCAAAAAUGGAAUAACACAAAAAUGAAAAAAGAAACGAUUAUCCCCCCGAAAGAUAAAGGGAGCUUCUACUAUGGUAACUAUGCCAACGGUCUCAAACACAACGAGGGAAUGAUGCUGUACAGAAACGGAGAUGUGUACGUAGGUGGCUGGAAGUUUGGAAAGAAGAGCGGAUGGGGAAGAUACACAUACAAAAAGUGCAAAAGCAUUCUGGAAGGACAUUGGGAAGAUGGAUAUUUAAAGCACGGAAAAUGGAUCCUACCAAAUGGAAUGUACUUCGUGGGAAACUUCAAAAAUAAUAAGCCCUCGGGAGAUGGCGUCUGGGCAUUUGCGGACCGAACACAAUUAAAUGUUUUUUAUUAUGAAGUUAAACAGAAAUUUAAAAAAAUUCCUAAAGGGGAAGUUGAACAAGGAGAUCCAGAUAGUUUACUGAAUUAUAAACCAUUGUAUAUUACAUCCACCAGGUGA